ACGAAAAAAACCCACAGAGGAUAGACAUUUAAACGUAAUGCCUGACGCGUAGAAACGAACUUCUAUAUCUGCGUUGGCAACGGUGGAUGAUGGAGCGAUCCAGUCAGUUCAAACCAACAACUGUCAUAUAUGGGGAGCUGUUAAACAUUUCAUCCAAUUACACCGAUUCAAAUUACACGGACAAAACAGAAGAAAGUGAUGGAAACCUCGUUGUCCAAGCGACUGUGGCCAUAUUAUUGUCUCUGUUAACAUGUGCGACUACAUUAUCAAAUGCAUUUGUCAUUGCCACAAUUUAUCAGUCAAGAAAACUGCACACUCCUGCAAACUUGCUGAUAGCAUCCCUUGCUGUCACAGAUCUCCUCGUGUCUGUUCUGGUGAUGCCUAUAAGCAUUCUAUACACGGUAAGUCACACCUGGACACUGGGACAGGUCAUGUGUGAUAUAUGGUUGUCGUCGGACAUAACAUGUUGCACCGCGUCCAUUCUGCAUCUGUGCGUAAUUGCACUGGACCGCUACUGGGCUAUAACGGACGCUGUCGAAUAUUCCAAAAAGCGCACUCGUUCGCGCGCGGCCGGCAUGAUUGCCAUUGCCUGGGUAAUCGCCAUUUCCAUCUCUUUGCCGCCUUUUUUCUGGCGUCAAGUGAAAGCGGAGGAGGUUACGAGCUGUAACGUGAAUACUGAUCACAUUUUCUAUACUAUUUAUUCAACCUUCGGAGCAUUCUAUAUCCCCACGUUACUUCUGAUCGCACUAUACGGCAGGAUCUAUGUAGAAGCCCGAAAGAGAAUUUUGAAACAGUCCCCCAAAAAAACUGGGAAGAGACUUACUUCUGCACACCUCAUUACAAAUUCACCUGGCUCCGUGGCAUCGACAACUUCUUUAAAUUAUGGAACGAACGAAACGUCCUCUUGCGAUGCAGUGGUCUCAGCAAACAACCAGGUGAAAGUUACGGUGUCCGAUGCGCUUUUGGAGAAGAAGAGAAUAUCAGCUGCCAGAGAGAGAAAGGCAACAAAAACUUUGGGGAUUAUAUUGGGCGCUUACAUUAUAUGCUGGCUCCCGUUCUUUAUAUAUACGCUUUUAGUGCCUAUUUGUACAACUUGCACUUUUUAUCCGGAACUGUUUGAUAUAUUCACUUGGCUGGGCUACUUAAACUCGCUGAUAAACCCCAUAAUUUAUACAAUGUCUAACGAAGACUUCAAACAAGCAUUCCAUAAACUCAUACGCUUUAACUGCUGCAGGUCUUGAACUAGUGCUGCAUCCCAAAAGCUUGGUAAAAUACGUGAUGGGUCAUUAUGAUGUUAAAUCACUGUUAUGUAAGAUGGGAAUCAGAUGAUAUAAGGUUGCAAGGUGAAAUCAGCGGGAAAAAAAUGAAUAGCUCUUUAUCAGUGAACGCAUCAUUAUUAAAUUCCAUACUCAGAAUGGCACGUAAAUGCAAGGUCUAGAUUUGAAAAAAAAAAUUGAUUAACAUAACUCGGUGAAUACAAAUGGAUUAUCGGUUAUCAAAAUCUCGACUUUUCAAAUUUUACCACAUUUUCCGUGAAUUUUUAAAAGUCUCAGAAGUGCCCUUUAUUUUAAGUAAUUCGUAUUCUAGCAUAUGCGUCCAUACAGGAGAGCGUUAAAUUAGGCAAUAGCUGGACCGGAAAGCUAAAAUCUCAGCAUAAAGUCUCAAGAGAAAAAGUCUUAAUCAAAAGAGCAUAAUGUCUGAAAUGUGUAGUCGGGGAUUGAUGUUAUUUUUUUUUUGCCGUGAACUAGGACUGUUGUUCUAAAUGUGAUUUCACAGAAAAGACAUCUGAAAUAGCCUAUAAUUUUAAUUGCUCAAUUUCAAACGGCUCAGUUGUUGAGACAGUUCUACUAUUUCAUUCAAAUGAAUAUAACAAAAAAGCCAUUAAAUCUACUAUAU